AUGGUCUCACACAGUGCGGGAAGUUCCCCUGGAAGUGCUAGUCGCGAGUACGGGAUCACCUUCGAGAUUGAACCACCAGCUGCUGUCCGGCCCGGAACUCCCUUUACGCUGCCUGUGGUUGUUGCAGUUAGGCCUGUGGGCAGCCCGAGUGACCGCUCAGUUCAGCAUCUAGUUGCGCAUGUCUCACUCAGGACCGAGGCCGGAACCAGCGUGGCUUCGGGGCUAGCGGGGACUCUGACCUCCAGUGUGCGCAGUCGACGUGGGAACGCGACGAGUGGAUAUGCCCAUUUCAGACCUCUCAGCAUUGGGCAGCCGGGGCGGUAUCGGAUUCGGGUGAUGCUGGGGGCCGCCUCCCAUAGCGGGGUCACUACGAAAGAGUAUGUGGACUCUGCCGUCAUUCAUGUACAUGAAGGAGCAGAAGCUGUUCAGUGUCCAAGACCAUAUCGCAUAUACCGCGGGGACGACAGACCGUGA